GUGGUUUUUGGCUGCAACAGAGGAGGUGUUCGUUUGAGCUGCAGCGCAGCUGUAAGAACUUUCUGGAUAUUGUUUUAUAUUUUUAAUAACAACUUGUGUUUGUGUUUACUUUGGAUGGAAUGAGCUGCUGUGGGGAUCCGCGGUGAGGUUUUUUUUGCUGGGCGAAAGUGUUGCGGUGCCAACAGGGCAGCGAGUUGCCACCACUGCUACUGCAGCGGAUCUUCUUGGAGAUCUGAAGAGCAAUAACACGACGACGCAAGAAUUUCUACUAGGCUACACUCUUCUGCACCCUGUGUGUAUGCCAGCGGCCCCGCCUCCACCCACCGAGACAAAGAGACAGUGUUACUGACAAAAGGGCUCACUCCGUUCAUGCCGUUGUUCUAUGGAACAAACACGGCAAGGCGCUGAAAAGCAAUGCACAGAGUGAACUCUCCCUCUUCCUGCCUGUUUGGAGAUGGACGUGAAGCUGAUCUUGAUAUCGACGUUGUUAGGAGUCUUCUGCAGCGCCCAGAAAGAGGGGAACGAGUGCAUCAGUGCUAAUGCCAAAUACUGCGGGGAGUGCAUCCAGGCUGGAGCAAAAUGUGGCUGGUGUACAGACCCGGACUUCCUAAAACAAGGCGAGACCGUCUCGACCCGAUGUGACGAGCUGCAGUCUCUGAAGAGCCGAGGUUGCAAAGAGCAGAUGAUCGAGAACCCUCAUGGAGAAAAGAGGAUCCUCAAGAACAAGAUGGUGACGAACCGCAGGAAGGCAUCACAGAAGCUGAAGCCGGAGGACAUCACGCAGAUCCAGCCUCAGAAGCUCAGCCUCACCCUCAGAUCUGGUGAGCCGCAGGCUUUCAACCUGAAGUUCAAGCGGGCAGAAGAUUAUCCCAUCGACCUGUACUACUUGAUGGACCUGUCCUACUCCAUGAAGGACGAUCUGGAGAACGUGAAGAACCUGGGAACCAGCUUGAUGCUAGAAAUGUCAAAGAUCACCUCAGACUUUCGGAUAGGUUUUGGUUCUUUUGUGGAGAAGACGGUCAUGCCGUACAUCAGCACGACCCCGGCCAAGCUGCUCAACCCGUGCACCGGCGACCAGAACUGCACCAGCCCGUUCAGCUACAAGAACGUGCUGAAGCUCACCAGCGAUGGCAAGAAGUUCAACACCCUGGUGGGCCAGCAGCAUAUCUCAGGAAACCUGGACUCACCUGAAGGGGGCUUCGAUGCCAUCAUGCAAGUUGCCGUGUGUGGGGAUCAGAUUGGUUGGAGGAAUGUGACUCGCCUCCUGGUCUUCUCCACCGACGCCGGCUUCCACUUUGCGGGAGACGGCAAGCUCGGUGGCAUCGUGCUGCCCAACGAUGGAAAAUGUCAUUUGGAGAACAACGCUUACACCAUGAGCCACUACUACGACUAUCCCUCCAUCGCUCACUUGGUUCAGAAGCUCAGUGACAACAACAUCCAAACCAUCUUUGCUGUCACAGAGGAGUUUCAGCCCGUUUACCAGGAGCUGAAAAAUCUGAUACCCAAGUCUGCAGUGGGCACCCUGUCUGCCAACUCGAGCAACGUCAUCAACCUCAUUAUAGACGCUUACAACUCGCUCUCAUCUGAGGUCAUUCUGGAGAACAGCAAGCUUCCAGAGGGCGUGACCAUCGCUUACACGUCCCGCUGCAAGAACGGCGUGGUUAGCGAGGGGGAGAAUGGACGCAAGUGCUCCAAUAUCUCCAUCGGAGACGAGGUGGCGUUUACCAUCAGCGUGACGUCGAAGGGCUGCCCGAAGCGAGGCAAGCCCGAGACCAUCAAGAUCAAACCGUUAGGCUUCACGGAGGAGGUGGAGAUCACGCUCAACUUCAUCUGCGAGUGUGAAUGCCACAAGGAGGGCGUGGCCAACAGCGACCACUGUCACUACGGAAACGGGACCUACGAAUGCGGGGCCUGCAAGUGUAACGAGGGCCGCGUGGGCCGCAAGUGUGAAUGCAGCAGCAACGAUGUGGCCAACGAGGACAUGGACCGCACCUGCCGCAAAGACAACGGCACCGACAUCUGCAGCAACAACGGCGACUGCGUGUGCGGCACGUGCGAGUGCAAGAAGAGAGACAAUCCCGAAGAGCGCUACAGCGGCCAGUACUGCGAGUGCGACAACUUCAACUGCGACCGCUCGGGAAACAAACUCUGCGGAGGGCACGGGCGCUGCGAGUGCCGCGUGUGCGUGUGUGACAACAUGUGGACGGGCAGCGCCUGCGACUGCUCUUUGGACACAAGCACGUGUCUGGCCAGCAACAAGCAGAUUUGCAACGGCAGAGGGAAGUGCGAAUGCGGCACGUGCAAGUGCACAGACCCCAAAUUUCAGGGUCCCACGUGUGAAACCUGCCCCACCUGUCCGGGAGUGUGCACGGAACACAAGGAGUGUGUGCAGUGUCGGGCGUUCGGCACGGGGGAAAAGAAGGACACGUGCGAGAGGGACUGCAGCUACUUCAACUUAAUCAAAGUCAAGGACCGGGACAAGCUGCCCCAGCCCAACGACGCCUCCUACCCUGUCAUGCACUGCAAGGAGCGAGACGCCAACGACUGCUGGUUCUACUACACGUACGCCGUCAACAACAACACCGAGAAGGAAGUGCAUGUUGUGGAAACGCUUGACUGCCCUGCCGGUCCUGAUAUCAUCCCUAUCGUGGCGGGCGUGGUGGCCGGUAUCGUCCUGAUCGGUUUAGCCCUGCUGCUCAUCUGGAAGCUCCUGACCAUCAUCCACGACAGACGAGAGUUUGCCAAGUUCGAGAAGGAGAAGAUGAACGCCAAAUGGGAUACGGGUGAAAAUCCCAUCUACAAAAGUGCUGUUACGACGGUGGUCAACCCCAAGUACGAAGGCAAAUGAUGACGAAUCGGGGACAGCCGCAGUGUUGACUUCUGAGGGGGAGGAAGAUGAUGGGGUCGGGGUUUAUUAGCUUUGUCAUGACCGUGCACCGUUUGGCCACUGCUUAUUUUUACUAACACGUAUUUAUAUGCUUCUGUUGUAUUUUGGCUGUACAGUACAUGUGUAUAUACUUUUGAAGAUGCGUACUUGCUGUUUUUCUUUCCCGCCAAAGGACUUUUAGCAACAGAAUCUACAUGGAAAUAUUCCUUCUGCUUCUUCGUCAUACUUGAUGUGCACUUCUUGUCCGUCUGUGGUGUCUUUCUGUGUUUGUACGAGCAGCGCAGUGUGCAUUUGUAUAUACAGUACCUGGGGAACGGCGGCCGGUUCUCCUGUUCUGAAGCUGCGGGGGUGAGGAUGUAAAACUAUAUUGUGGACUGCAGCAGAUUUUAUUGCACUCUUGGCUUCUGAUGAUUUGAAAACAAGAUGAAAUGUUAUGAAGUAUCAUUUGCGUGGUUGACAUGCGAUCACAAAAGGGACUGCAAACCACUCGACAGAUUACGAAACCGUGGCGCUCUGGAACAACCCAGCGAUUCAUAGAAAUGACAUUUAUGACUCCUCCUCAGGUCCUUCUCCUGUGUUUCUGCCAAUUAGUCAAAAAUAUGACGUUAACGUUUCACAUCAGCCUCUGACGCGACACACACAUGCACGCACACGCCUUGACAGUAUUGUUUGCCAAGUGCCUUUAUUCCAAUGCCACCUUCUCUCCCAAUGCUGUAAUGACUUAUUUAUUAAAUACACUACCAAAAUGG